CCAAUAUUCUAUUCCGCUCGGCGUUAACUUCCUCUCCCGGAGCAGCGAGCCGAGCGGUCGGGCGUGGAAAGGAGCGCUCCGCCGCUGGGGCACUAGCCAGUCGCGGCCGAGUGCGCGCUCUCCACCCUUUGCCCAUCGGCUUCGCCUCGGUUGCGCGGGUAUUCCCUAGCGCUUGAACCUCUGGAAGUUGGUGCUGCAGCAAAAUCCGGCAAGAUGGAGGAAGCCUGUGAAGAUAUAGAUCAAAUGUUCAGUGACUUAUUGGGAGAAAUGGAUUUGCUAACUCAGAGCUUAGAAGUGGAAGCCAUGCCUACUCCACCCCUAAAAUUAUCUGAUGCUGAAUUUAAUUUUGCAGUUGGCUUCAAAGAUUUAAAUGAGUCCUUGAACACAUUGGAAGAUACAGAUUUAGAUACUUUAAUGGCUGAUCUUAUAGCAGACAUCAGUGAAGUAGAAAAGACCACAUUACAAGAAGCAAGGGAUACCUCUUACAAUGAGCAAGGUGCCAUUAUGCAGCCACCAGCAAAGGCAACUCCUACUUGUGGAACUCAGUCAGUGCUAAGUAAUAUUCCUCCCCAUGUUGAGAAUGAGUUACCAGCCCCUCCUGCAGAAAUGCCAAUGCCGCCUCCAGCCAUUCCUCUGCAGCCGCUCACUCAGGAACUAAAAGAACAAGCAAAAGCUGACAAGAUUAAACUAGCAUUAGAAAAACUAAAGGAAGCCAAGGUUAAAAAGCUUGUUGUCAAGGUGCACAUGAAUGAUAACAGCACAAAGUCUCUAAUGGUGGAUGAACGGCAAGUGGCACGUGAUGUCUUAGACAAUCUCUUUGAAAAAACCCACUGUGAUUGCAAUAUAAACUGGUGCCUUUAUGAAAUAUAUCCUGAACUACAAAUCGAAAGAUUUUUUGAAGAUCAUGAAAAUGUGAUUGAAGUCUUAUCCCAUUGGACUCGAGACACUGAAAAUAAGAUACUAUUCUUGGAAAAAAAUGAAAAAUAUGCUGUAUUUAAAAACCCUCAGAAUUUCUACUUGUCAAACAAAGGAAAAAAUGAAAGCAAGGAAAUGAAUGAGAAAAGCAAAGAAGCAUUAUUGGAGGAAAGCUUCUGUGGUACAUCUGUUAUUGUACCAGAAGUUGAAGGUGCCCUUUAUUUAAAGGAAGAUGGAAAGAAGUCCUGGAAGAGGCGCUAUUUUCUUCUACGAGCUUCAGGCAUUUAUUAUGUCCCCAAAGGAAAGACCAAGACAUCCCGUGACUUGGCUUGUUUCAUACAGUUUGAGAACGUAAAUGUUUAUUAUGGUAUUCAGUACAAAAUGAAGUAUAAGUCCCCUACUGAUUAUUGUUUCGUCUUAAAGCAUCCUCAAAUACAGAAGGAGUCACAGUACAUCAAAUACCUGUGCUGUGACGAGAAGCAGUCUUUACAUCAUUGGGUAACUGGUAUCAGAAUUGCAAAGAUAUUUGUGGUGCUUAUUUUUCAGUAUGGAAAGGCCUUGUAUGAUAACUACAUUGGUGCGGUACAAAAGGCUGAGUUAGCUUCACGUCUGGCAAGGCCAGGAAAUACUAAAUCCAUAGCUUCUGGGGGAUCAUCUUCAAAAGGUAGCAUUCAUGCCAAUGGACAAAUCCCCCAAAAUGUAACCCUUAAUACAACAAACACUGCAAAAACUGAAAAAUCUGGUGCUAUGCCAAAGAUACAUAAUGUUAAAAAACCAGAUGAUACCUUCAAUGUUAGUCAAGCAUCAUCCCUACCUGUACAACAGGUGAAACAGAUCCGCAAACCUGGUGGUUUGCACCCUCCUCCCCCUCCUCAAAGACGGUCUUCUACUAUUGCUGUUUCAUUGGACCUACCCACCAUUGGUGAGAGGAAAAAUCCAACUUUCUUACCAAAUUAUGAAGAAUUUCCACCACCCCCUGAAUUUAUACCCCUUCCUCCAAAUUUGGAAGAUCUGCCACCGCCGCCGCCGCCACCGUCUCCGCCACUACCUGAAUACUAUGAAUCUCCUCCUGAUUUCACUCCCCCUCCCCCACCUUUUCUUGCUACUGGCAUGGGCUCUGCGGAACUACUACCACCUCCGCCACUGCCUCUCCUCUCUGCCCCCGGCCUUCCUCCUGCCACCAAGAAGAAACCACCACCCCCUCCUAGAAGACAAGAAGAAGGUGCUUGUCAGGUUGUAAGACCAAAACAAAGUGGAUCAGUUUCCAGGGGACAUGCUGCUGAGCAAGGAGAUUUCAUGUCUGAUCUAAUGAGAGCAUUGCAAAAGAAAAGGAGUGAGUCAUCAUGAACAAAGUAGGUGUAAACAUCAGGUGAUCUAAAGGAGUAUAUGCUAGAAAAAAUUAUGCAGACACAGACCAAAGGCUUGGUUGAGCUACUGGUUCAAUUCCUAUGCUCUUGCUUGAAGGCUGAAAAACACAAUCAAGCAAAGGAGACGUCCCGGAGAAAAGCAGGUUUCAGAAAAAUUGAUUUGAUCCAGAAGUUGUUUGUUUUUUUGUUGUUUUUUUUUGUAAAGAAAAUCAGGAAUAAUUUAAAACCUGAUUAACUUAAUGAAGAGCUUUUUUUUUUUCAGAUUUCGCUCCGUAUCACUUGCAUGUAAGAAUAACCUGGAUAAGGCCUUGGCAGUUUGGCUCAUCUAAGCAUAGGCUAGAAUACUUUGCAGAAAUAAGAGUUGUAACACUGAAUAACAAAUUCACUUCACAGUUUGUAAAUUUCCUCUUUCAUUAUGGGGUCAAAAUCUGCCCCAUAUCUGCCCCUUCUAUUUUUUUGUUUGCCAUAUUUGGAUAUGGGGAAAAUGCAACUCGAAACUUUCAUCAUGUUAUACAAUAUACUAUCUGUUUCCUCAGUUUAUUUCAAAGUGAAUUUUUUUUUCAGUGAUUAAUAUCUGCAGACAAUCUCUGGUUAUUUAUUUGGUGUAAUGCAGGAACAUUCUUUUGAAGAUAGCUUUAGUUUUUCCAUUCUCAACUACUAAUUUAGUGAUUGUACUAGAACCAGGUAAUAUCUGAAAAUGUUUGUCUCAAAGAAAGUAAUUUAUUUCUUCUUACUUAUAUUUUAUCAUGUAUAUUUCAUUUUUAUUCUCCUUUAUUUACUGCAAUCUGAAUAAAACUUAUUUCUUCAA